CAAGGGCUAUCAAAUGCCAGACCCCCUGCACCAGCUCCAAACAGGAGGUCUCCAGUGUUACCAGAAAAAAGAUUGGAAACAGCAAUCCCCGGGGUGAAGCUCAUCCAGGGGAGAAGCCCACCACCUCCACAGCCUUGGAGCACAGCCCCCCCCAAGGCCAGGAGGCAAACGCCAGGGGGACGGCCUGAGAUGACUCUCCAGGCCCAGGAAGGGCGGACAUCACCACGGGUUUUGGAGCUGGAGACCUCAACCAGAGCCCAAGAGAAAAGGACAACGAUGCCAAGGAUUCAGGGAGAGAGAACAAGUCCAGGAAGAAGCCAGAGGGGACGACCAUCAGCUCCUGAGAAGGGGUCCCCUGUGGCAGCCCAAGAAAACAACACUUCGACAUGGCCUGGACCCAAUCCAACCCAAAAGGCAAAGACGCCUUCGCCCAAGGGAAAAGCCCUGACCUCUUCUGCCUCCUUUGCCCGGAGUACUUCUCCAGCCCGGGACAACCCCUCUGUCCUAAUCACCCCUCCAACCCAGAGCACCUCUCCAGCCCAGUAUACCCCCCCAGCUCAGGGAACCUCAGCCCAGAGCACCCCCUAUGCCCGGGGCACCCCUCUGGCACCGAUGAUCUCUCCAGCCCAGGAUGUGCCCUCAGCUCGGGGAACUUCAACCAGGAGCACCCCGUACCUCCAGGGCACCCCUCCUGGCCGGAGCACCCUCCCAGCCGCCCUGAGCCAGAGCUCCACUCCUCGGGGCCAGCAGAGACUGAAGGCAGCGAGGUUCAAGUCUGAGCCGCAGUGGGACUUUGAAGAAAAUUACACCUUGGAAGCCAAGGGCCCACAGACUAGCUGUCCCGACUCGAUCAAGGCCAAGGCCGCCCGAUCGCCAUGGCUCCGGGACCUCUUCCUGCCCAACCUCACGCUGUUCCUGGAUGCAGCGCAUUUCAGCCAAGGCGAGUGGGAGCGGCUGGAGCACUUCGUUCCUCCUUUUGGCUUCAUGGAGCUCAACAAGUCCUUGGUACAGGAGGUCCUGGCACAGAUUCCUGCUGUGCCCCAGCAGCAGCUGCUCCUGGCUGCCCGCCCGCCAGGGGGUCCUCCCUGCAUCAGCUGUGCCGUGGUGGGCAACGGCGGCAUCUUGAACAAUUCGCGAGUGGGCCAGGAGAUCGAUGGCCAUGACUACGUGUUCCGGGUGAGCGGGGCUGUGAUCCAGGGCUACGAGCAAGACGUGGGCACUCGGACUUCCUUCUAUGGCUUCACCGCCUUCUCGCUGACCACUUCGCUCCUGCAGCUGGGGAGGCGGGGUUUCCGGCAGAUUCCCUCCGGGAAGGACGUCCACUACCUGCACUUCUUGGAGGGUGAGCGGGACUACGAAUGGCUGAAGGCACUCCUCCAGGACCAGGUCCUGGAAACUGACAACUUAAAGUGGUUCAGGCGGCGGCCCCGGGAACUGUUCCGUGAUGCCCUCCGCCUGGACCGGUACCUGCUCCUGCACCCGGACCUUCUCCGCUACAUGAAGAAUCGGUUCCUGCGAUCCAAGACCCUGGAGAAGGCGUCAUGGCGGCUGUACCGCCCCACCACCGGUGCCCUGAUGCUGCUCACCGCCCUGCAGCUCUGCGACCGGGUGAGCGCCUACGGCUACAUCACGGAGGGCCACGGUCGUUUCUCCAACCACUACUACGACGAGAAGUGGCAGCCGCUCAUCUUCUACAUCAACCACGACUUCGAGCUGGAGCGGCAGCUGUGGAAGCACCUGCACGACGAGGGUGUGAUGCGGCUGUUCCAGCGCGCUUGAGCUGCAGGCUGCCGGGCGCAGGGCCGCGAGGUUGGCCGGGGUCUGCCUGCUCUUAAAGAGUGUGCAACCUCCAGAACCGGGGAGCUGCAUUUAGGCCCUGGGUUGGGCCAAGGGCCCUUGGGUGGGUGAGGAGGGACGGAGGGCCCCCAGGAACUGGGAAGUAAUCAUGGGAUUUGCAACCAAAAUGGGAGGCAAAUAAAGGGUCAAGCUAAAGAUUUGCCUCAAAAA